AUGGUACGAGUUGCGAUUGCCGGAGGUUCUGGAGGCCUGGGCCGUGUGAUCACGAAGGCCGUUGCUCGAAGUGGGAAACACGACGUGUUCAUACUUUCACGGAGAUCUCUGAGCAUCUCCGAGCAGACCAUUGGUGUUGGGUGCUUGACAGUUGACUAUAGUAACGUUUCUCAGAUCACCGGUCUCCUGGAAAGCAACAACAUCGAGGUUAUCAUAUCAGCCAUUGGGAUCGUGUUCGAAGACUCGUAUCGUGCGCAAAUGAACCUUAUUGAAGGAGCUUCUCGUUCGACAACUGUCCGGCGAUUUGCACCCAGCGAGUUCGCCCUCGACUACGUUCAAGGCGUAACCCAGCAUGUGUUAUUCGACUCCGAACAGGAGUAUCUAAUGACUAACUUCCGUACCAGAGGUUAUCCUUUUCCCGUCCCCGGGUCUCAGAUGUACAAAGCUGCCGAGUACAAAGUGGAGACCCUCGAAAAGUUGAAGUCCACCCAGAUGGAAUAUACUAGAUUUAUAUCCGGAUUCCUGAUGGACUACUAUGGAUAUCCCGCUGUACCCUGCCCCGUACUUCCAUUAGCAGUUGUGCUAGACGUGGAAAAUUGCCAAGCAGCAAUUCCGACCGACGGCAACUCGCCCGUGACGCUCACCCAUUCAGAGACGAUCGGCAGGUUCGUGGCAGCGAGUCUCGACCUGCCUUGCUGGCCCAAGAAAGCGUUGAUUAUUGGAGAUACUCUGACUUGGAACCAAGCUUUGGAAAUCGCGGAGGAGGCUCGCGGCAAAACGUUCGACGUCAAGAUCGAGUCUCUCUACGACCUCAAAAAAGGUGUCAUAACGGAGCUCCCCGGGAACAAGCGGCGAUACAUGGCGUUUCCAAAGGGAAUUUUGGAUGCGGUGCUGUGUGUGUGGAACAUCGGCUUCAUUCAGGGCUUCUAUGACUUAGAGGAGGGACUGGCCAAUCCUGACAACAUGCUGAACCAAGUGUUCCCGGACGUCCCGGUGCUGGGCUUCAAAGAGUUCAUGGAAAGAUGCUGGAAAUAG